GCCGAGCGAUGUCGAGGCUGCUGCUCCUGUUCGCAUUCCUAUGCGGUUCUGCCCUGGCCGUGGAGCCGGAGGACACGAAACAGCGGAAACGAGGAAUUCUUAACGACGGAUGGGUGGGUAUCCCAACCCCAUACAACUACGGCCAUGGUCAGCCAUGGUCAGGGGACCACAAUCCCUGGAAAGCCCUCAAAGUCACCAGCGAUCUCCACCAUAAUAUCGAUGGAUGGAAUUACGGCGGAUUGGACAAACUGGCACAUUACAAGGCGGCCAUCGCUCUUUCUUCGGGCCAUCAUACUUCCCUUGUAAAGACCCUUCCAGUUUACAUAACGAAGCACGUGGUCCUGGAAAAGCCAGUCCCAGUCUCGGAACCAGUCUACGUGAAGCAGAACGUUCCGGUGUACAUUGAAAAGCCUUAUCACGUACCCGUGGAUAGGGUCAUUCCGGUGCCGGUCGAGAAAAUCGUCCACAGACCAAUUGCAGUUCCUGUUCCCGUGCCCCAGGCGAUUCCGAUCCCGAUAGAACAUCAUAUCCCGAUUCAUGUUAAACAUCCAGUCGCUGUUCCCGUUCACCAGCCAUAUCCGGUUCCGGUGAAACACGCCGUGCCGGUGCCGGUUCCGGUUCCGGUACCGUUUCCGGUCCACCACCCGUUCCCGCACCAUCAUCAACCAUUCUUUGGAGGACUCCAUGGUGGAUCAGGCCAUUUCUAUGGGCAUCAUUAUGGGCCGGGACAUUUCUACGCCCAUCCAUUCGGCCAUGGGUAUGGUCACGACUAUCAUGGUCAUGGAUACGGCCAUGGAUAUUAUCCUGAGCACGGUCGUGGACACGGUUUCGGUCACGACUUCCACCACGGUUAUGGUCACGGUUAUGGUUAUGGACCUUACGGUCAUGAUCACCAUCAUGGACAUGGUCACGAGCACAAGGAAAAGCGCAGCAAGACGUAA